AUGUCGACUUUAUCCAUCUCCCACACAUCAGACGGCUAUCUCAACGUUACGGCUGAAUACUUCACUCCCUUAUGGGCAACUUCCACAUCAAUCUCUAUUUCUUCCAUUUUUAUUAUAUGCUUUGUUUUAUAUUUUAUCUUCUAUUUCAUCUUUUUGAUAAGAAUGCGAAAUCGAAAAGAAUUCAAACGAAAUCAUAAAAUUUUGUUUGUACUGGUUGGGGUUUGUGUCACGUUUCAGUUCAUGUGUUUGGUCAUGAGCAUUGUGUAUAAUAUUCUCAACAAGAAUGCCCGAUUCCAAUUAGAAAAUGGUGCAAAUGUCACUUGGGCAUUCUUCAUUGGACUACAAACUGCAUUGGGUUUGAAUAACUUUUUUAGAUUCACCAACGUUGUGAUUCUCUUUGUCAUUAUUUACUUUGUACAAAUGAUUUUUUGGAAAACAGCUCGUUUGACACGAACCAUCUCAUCUUUAUCCUUUCGAUAUAUCAAAAUACUGAUGAAUAUAGUGAAUCUUGCAUUUGUCGUUACUGGUAUGCUGUUCGUUAUGGUUGUGGUUGUUUCUGACGUGUUACUGCGACUCGGUUACAUUUCCAAUCUCAUCACCACUGGUGUUUAUGUUGGUUGUUUUUUCUGCAUUGUGUUCAUGAUUGUUUUUGAUUCUAUUAUGGCUCUUACUUCCGGAAUUUUGGUGAUCAAUACCAUUAAGCGAACCGCACAGAAUGCAGAACGCAUGACCAAUAGGUUCACAGAAUCAGCGCCUGCAGCCACGAAGAAAGAAGAUGUUUCAUUGUAUCAGGAAUCAACAACAGAACAGAAUAAGGGAUUUCCCAAGUCCAAUGAAACAGGAGUGCGAUUUCAAAAACGAGUUCAAAAUCCUUUCAAAAUGACCUUUGGUUUAUUGUUUGCGUUGGUCAUGUGUGUGGUGAUGGAGGUUGUAGCUGGUGCUACUGGUAGUACCUCAUCCGUGCAUUUGAGUUUGGGUUUGAUUUGGCACUUUUGUAAUUCGUCAGGGAUCUUUUGCUUUGCAGCUGCAGUAUUGAUCUUAUUUUAUCCUUCGAUUUUGGUCACCAAUGAUGCUAUUCAAGAGCUCGAAAAACAAAGUUUGGGAACAGCUCAACAGGCAAUUUGA